UCAAGGCAUGCAAAGCACUUCAACAAGAAUUCUUUCACAUUUGUCAACCUAGAAGAGGAAGAGAAGGAGAGGGUAGUUUAAACUUUAAAUUGUUGUUUGUGCAACAAUGGCAGAGACUCAGAAGCCAGUGAUUUUGGUGGCUGUGGAUGAAAGUGAACAUAGCUUCCUUGCUUUGAAGUGGGCAUUAGACCAUUUUUUUGUUUCUAAGGAGAACCAUAAAUUCAAGCUCAUUAUCGUUCAUGCUAUAGGUUCGCCGGCUUCUUACCUAGGAAUGGCUGAAGUUGGAUCCUCUGAAUUUGUAAAGGUUUUGGACUCAGAUUUGAAGAAGUCAGCCGCUAUUACCAUUCAGAAGGCUAAGGACAUCUGCAGCAGUAAAUCGGUUGAUGAUGUGUCAACUGAAGUGAGUCAAGGAGAUCCCCGGAAUGUUUUGUGUGAGGCUAUAGAUAAACACCAUGCAUCUAUUUUGGUAAUGGGCAAUCGUGGUUAUGGAGCAAUUAAAAGGGCGGUUCUAGGCAGUGUCAGUGAUUACUGUGCUCAUCAUGGUCGCUGUAAUGUGAUAAUUAUUAAGAAGCUCCAGCACUGAACCAGUAUUUAGGCUACCUAAUAACAAAUAUUUACUAAUUUCACAUAUAUUAUAUUGAA